CUUUUGAUUUUUGUGACCAGGACUAUUUAUUAUUCCAUGCUUUCAUUCAAGCCAAUAGCAAGUUCGAAAAUACAUCUCACUCGGCACGCCAAAAUUUACCGCUGGACAAACUUUGGAUGGUGUACCCUACCCCCCCAAGGCUUAUCACUUUGAAAUGCUCGGUCGAAUAAAAAAUAAAGUUCGUCGUCGACUAUGAAAGUCAGUUGCCAGCGUAGCAUUCAGUAAAGCACAUGGAACAGGAUCGUUUUGAGUCACAUUAGAGGAUGAGCCGAUAACAAAAAAUGGAUAACGACAGACUUGCAAGGAAUGUUCAACUGUUGAGUGCAAUCGAAAAGGGCGAACUUGCCAAGGUGAUAAAGCAUCUAAAUGCCGGUGCAGAAGUGGAUUUUAUCAAUUUCCAUCGCAGCAAAAAUACUCCUCUGCACGAUGCAGUGGCCUUCGGUCAUGAAAAGAUUGUGGAGAUCUUACUCGAAAAGGGAGCGUCCCCAGACUCAUUGAAUGAGGACAAAAAGACACCGGCUCAGUUACUUGGUUCUUUGGGUGAAAAGAAGCGAAAAGCAAUUGGACCACUUCUCGGGAAGUUUUCAAAGAAAAAAAAAACAAAAGCUGAAAACACGAAGAAGCAACCUGUCUGUGAAUCACCAGUUAAACCAAGUGGAACCUUCGCCAAACGACAAGGGACAGCUGCCGCCGGACAACAAUAUGAGUCCAAACUCUUGACCAUGGUUCUGUUCCAGUUGCUUCACAAUGACCAAGUUGAGAGCUUUUAUCUGGGAUCUAAUUUGGAUGGAAUCGGCGCAUUAGACGAUAUCGUGCUCAAAACUCACGUUAGAGGAAAAUCUCGUUUGCAGUUUGUUCAAUGCAAACAUCGAAAAGAAGAAGACACCAUCAAUUUUACCGAUAUGAUCGACAUAAAAAAUACAACAGGAGAUUUUCAUCUUUACAAAUAUUUUGAGAGUUACAGAAAAAUUUGCUCGUUAUUUGAUCCAGAUAAUAGUAGUGUUAUUUUUCAAGAGAAAAUUAAAGACAUUGAUAUAGAGCUUAUUAUCAUAACUCCAGCUACGAUUACUUUUCCAAAGUAUAUAGUAUAUAUUGAAACGAAUGGCUUGAGCGAAAACAUUAAUACAGUGGAAACAGGUAAAAUCUGGCAAGUAAAGUAUUCGGAAAAGAUAAGAGAAAUAUUUGAAACAAUACAUAGGAAGAAAUUGAUAGAGUUUUUAGCACAGCUUUUAUUUUUACCAGAAUUUCAAAUUGAUCUAGAAGAGGCGAUUGAAAAACUUAAAUCAGCAAAAUGUGUUGAAAUUUUUAACGAUCUGGAACAUUCAGACCGAAAGAAAUACUUUAAAAAUAUACAGGUAGUUAAGAACACGAUAAAAGAUGCUGAUCUGAAAACUAAGAUUGAUAUGAUUGACGAAAGAUUUACUACAGAGUCACUGCUUCCAUCAGGGUACUCCAUAAUAUUAGAAGAUUUUUUCAACAAACUUAGAUUGUAUACGAAACAAGCCACGGAAGAUGAACUUAAAGACGUUGUUGUAAGCAUGAUCAAAUUAAAGGAUUACGAAUAUGAGGACGCUCUGUUCUUUAAAACACACGAGGCCGUUCAAAAGUGGUGGGCAAGUUCGGGACAGGUUGAAUAUUUAACGGAAAGUUGUGACUUUUUUGAAGUUGCUGAUAAUGAAUGUAAGCUUGAUAAAAUUCAUUCUAUAAGCACGGAUUGGCUCCAAAAAUACUAUGUCGAAUUCCGCUUAAAUAUGUUGAUCAAAAACCCAAAAUGGAUUAAUCUUCAUGAAAAAGUUAAGGAAGAAAAGUUUUACGUUAAUAUUUAUAGUAGCACAUCAGAACUUUGCUGCACAAAGGUUAUUCAACUCUUGAAAUGGCAUAAGAAUGAGUUUAAAUUUAUAAAACUAAAUAAUACAGAAAUUGAUUUCUUGAUUGAAGUUCUCUCGAAAGGCAAUAAGGAACAUAAUUUAAUCCUUGUCUAUCUGCCUGAAUUGAAUUGUGAACUCGUUGAAAAAAUUCGCCAAAAAGUUAAUAAACUUAUUGUUAUCUCUACAAACGGGCAUCACGGUGAUUGGCUAUCCUUGUCAGACACAACCAAAAAUAUAUUGGAACUUAAAACUGAAUUUCAAGAAAAAUUGCUCGAAACCAAGGUGACUUUCCAAGGUAAUUCUAUACCCCUGGAGAGGUUAAUGGAAAGAGCUCCCAAACAGUUGAUCGAUGCAGAAACGAUUAAAAAACUUGUGACCAAUGAAAAGAUUACGAUUUCUUUAGAUUUCACAAACUCUGGCCAAUUUUACAUACAGAGGGAUUUGCUGGAGUAUCGUCAAAACCAACUCGUUCCAAGGAAAAUUGAUACAGUUGAUGAUAAAGUGGUUAUUGUUACCGCAGGUCCCGGAAUCGGGAAAUCUAUGAUGUUGACAGGACGUGCAGCAGCAAUCAAAAGUGAGUACCCUUCUAGUUGGAUUGUAAGAAUUAAUUUACUACAACAUUCAACAUUGUUCGAUAAAUGGACAAAUCAAUACAAAAUUGCAAAACUGCCCAAAUCUGAAGUGUUCAAUUUUCUAUUAAAAACGAAUAAUUGUGAAACAAGCAAAGGAACAAUUUUCGAAGAAAACAUAUUUAAGUGGUAUUGCGAGCAGUAUAAAUUAGUCUUGCUGGUAGAUGGAUUUGACGAAGUUAGUCCCGAUUAUACGACGAUUGUUUUGCAACUUCUGCAAUCACUCAAAGAUAACUUUGCUGAUACACUUUGGGUGACCACACGAACCGGUACAGCACAAACAGUAUUAGAAGAAAACCUUGAGGUUUGUGCCCACCUGCUUAAACCAUUCAGCCUGGAAGAGUCGAAGAUAUUUUUGAGGCAUUUUUGGAUUGAAAUCGAUCCCCACCAUAAAUAUGUUCGAGAUUACGUAGAUAAACUGGAUUCACAUUUCUCUCAACCAACUAAUCAAGGUGAACACAAACUGAUCACAAUUCCAUUGCACACAAGUAUGAUUGGGACAAAAUUCAAAAGUGAUUUUAAAGAAUAUUGUAAAUCUAACGGUACUCAGACAAAUUUUGAAAAAUAUGACUUGUUAACAAUUUAUGAAAGCUUUAUUAAUUUUAAAUUUAAUGAUAUUUUUAUGGAACAGAAAAAUAAAUUUAAAUGUUCCCAACCUCAAACCAAGAUACUGGUAGGACAGAUCUAUCAUGAACAUAAAUUAGCUUCAAUCUAUGCAUUAUUCAAUAUUGCGUACGCAACAAAACUGCUGAGUAAAGACGAAAUAAGAAUUGUUGAGUGUUUGCUACAUUCUGAAAAUGUGCUCAAAGCUGGUAUUAUUUCACAUAUUAAGGAUGAAAAGCCAACAUUUGUGCAUCAAACUUACGCCGAGUUUUUUGUGGCAAAGUUCAUUUGGGAAAAAUAUUCUGCCUGUGAAAUUGAUAAAUUUGAAUCAUUCGUUGAUUUGAUUUUCAUUAAAAACUUUGUAGAAGGCGAUCGAUCUCAAAUCACACACUUUUUGCUGAAAAUUGCCCAAUCUGAGAAGCAAAACGAUGAGGUUAAAGUCAGCAAGGCUUGUGUCUUGUUAGAUCAACUUUUGAGUUUGAAAUUGUGUUCAAAAGCAGAAUUCAGCAAAAGAUCAAUUUCAUUCUUGCUGGGAAUAGUUGAAUGCUCAAUACCAGAAAAAGGAACUGAGGGCUUUGCAAAAUUUAAAUCUAUCGUGAAUAAAAAACCUAAAUCCAGAAAUAUUUUACUUCUUAAAGCAGCAGAAAAUGGUUACUUAAAACUUGUACGCUUGACAAUGGACGAUUCCCCUGACGAUUGGAUAAACAUUUCUUUUGACUGGUUAGAUGGCUGGACGGCGCUACAUUUUUCAGCAAACGGUGGUCAUGAACCCGUUGUAGACUAUCUUUUGGGUAAAUCAGCGAUUGUCGAUACUGAAACGGCUGAAAAUGGACAAACUGCGUUACAUCUCGCUGCAGCAAAAGGUCACUCAAUCAUUAUUGAGGCACUAUUGGGUAAGAAAGCGAAUAUCAACGCUAGAACGACGGACUCUGGAGCAACUCCACUGCAUUUGGCAGCUCAGCAAGGAUCGACUGAAGUUGUUUCCAAACUAUUAGAAAAUGGAGCAGAUAAAUAUGCCACUACGCUGGUUGAUGGUGAGACUCCUUUGCAUGUUGGUUGUCGUUAUGGUCAUCUGGAUAUCGUAAAACUAUUAACAGCUAAUGAGGAAGAUAUCAAUAUUCGAACAACGAAAAACGAAUCCACACCUUUGCACGUUGCGACUGAGAAUGGACACUCUGCCAUCGCUAACUUUUUAUUGGAGAAAGGCGCCUUGGUCAGCGUUGUAACGAAAGAUUUGGGAUUCACACCACUGCAUUUUGCUGCUCAGAAUGAUUUAAGCGAAACAGUAUCACUUUUAUUGGAUAAAGAUGCACCAACUGACAGUAUUUCAAAGUCAGAUGGACAAACAGCAUUACAUUUAGCCGUAACUCAUCGAAAUGCUAAUGUUGUUAGUCUACUUCUAGAGAAAAAAGCAAACAUUAACAUCCAAACUGAAAACGAUGGUUGGACUGCACUACAUUUAGCAAUAAGAAACAACUCUUAUGAAAUGGUUGAAAUGAUGCUGCAAUACGUAACAGACAUAAAUGCAAUCAAUGUUUGCAAAAAGAAUCAAACUUUGCUACACGAAGCCGUGUUAACUGGUAAUUCAAAGCUGGUUAAACUCAUUCUUGAUAGUGGAGCAGAUACUGAAGCAGAGAAUAUUAACAAAAUGACUCCGAAGGAUUUGGCAUCAAAUUUAGACAACCAACAAAGACAGGAAAUUGAUGCAAUUUUCAACGAGCAUUUCAAUAAAGAUCUCACUUACGGGAAACGACCUGGGACAGCUGCAAUUGCUGGUUUAAACUACGAAUUGAAAAUACUGACAAUGGUUUUGUUCCGUUUGCUUCACGAUGAAAAAAUCGAUGAUUUUUAUUUAGGUAGCAACAUUGAAGGAGCUGGUUAUUUUGACGACGUUGUCAUAAGAACCAGAUCAGGAGAUAAAUCUCGGGUUUACUUUAUUCUUACCAAACAUGCGAGAGCUGGACGCACUGAAAAUUUGCUUGACACGAUCAACAUUCAAGGGACAAAUUACAAAUUUAAUCUUUUUAAGUAUUUUGAAAGCUACGUAGAAAUACGGCAGCGUUUUAACUCAAAAAGUAACCAUGUCAUGUUCCAGGGGGAAUUCGAACAAACAGAGUUAGAGCUGAUACUCAUGACUCCAAUUGGGUUUGUAGUAUUAGAGAAUUGUCAUACUGAACAAAUUUCAGCUUUUAGUACUUUUUAUACUAACAGCACAAGAAAUGUGAUUCAAAUAAUCCCUUCAAAUGAAUUGUUGCAUGAAUGGAUAUCGCAAUCAAGCCAAUUUUUGAAAAAAAAAUUUAAUGAAAUAGAAAAUGAAUCUCAUGAAUCUCUAUUGGACUUGGCGCGAGAUUUCUUCUCGAAAUUUAAAAUUUACUCAGAAUAUGCUGCAGAAGACGAGAUGGAAGGAAUUAUAAGACGUGACAUUCUAUCUAAACAUUACGAAUGUGAUGAAUUAUUAUAUUUGAAGUCUUUAGCUGCUGUGGAAAGCUGGUAUAAGCAAACAGGUGAGGUGACCUUUUUAACUAAAAGUAGUAAAAUUUUCGAAACUUUUAACAACGAAAUAGAACUGGAUCAACUACAUUCAAUAAAUACGAAAAAGGUUAAAGGUUUCGUUCCACGUGUCACCUAUGAAUAUGAUGAUGCAACGAAUUCAAUAUCAAAGGAUUGUUUCAAAGAAAUUGAAGAAACAUUACCCAUUUUCAUAAACUUUUUCAGCACCAAACCCUACAUUACCUGCCUUAAGCUUUUAUACCACGUUCAUUCGCUAGGUUGUGAAGUCAAAAUCGUGCUCCUCGAUAAAGCAGAAGUCGAACAAACGCUGAGCGUUCUCUCGAAAGUCGAUAAACCUCGAUGUUUGUUUAUCGCUGUUUUACCAGAACCGGAUAAAGUGGCAAUUGAAAAGCUACGUAAAAAAGUAAACAAACUCGUCGUUGUUACUAAACACGAAUACAGAGGGGAGUGGAAAUCAAUCGAAGAUAAGACUUAAUGCAAGUUUAAUGUCACAACAAUUUCAAAAAUCAACUUUAACGACCUGGUCUUCCGUGGUCUCUUUUGCAAGUUUUUGAGUCCAAAGGCUUGAAUGGGGAGAGAGUGCCCAAACCUCUUUCUACUCCAAGAAACCUUCCACUUCCAUAGGUCGAACUGACGACCUUUGGAUUGCAGGUUUUUUUCUUCCCCAUCCGAUGGAAGGUUGGGGCAGAUGGGAAGAGAAACCAUGAUCAUCCGCUUACAAAGCGAUCAGCGUAACCAUUCGAUCACGCCUGCUGCUCACAUUAUAACUAUUUUCUCUACAAAACAAAAUUUAAAAACAACAUAAUAGCAAUCAGGGAAUUACAAUCAAUUGAAAAGUGCAUUAGAUAGUAUUAAAAUAGUGUAAGUGUAAUAAUAAAAUAAAGAUGUAUUAAUUCCC